AGGGGGCGCUGGGACGCGGUGCCGAGAACCCGGAAGAAGGCGCCCGGCGAGCGAAGGGGGAUGAGCGGCCGAGCCGAGGAGACUUUCUAUCCCCCAGCCCGGGAACUCGGUAGCCAGCCGGGGUUCUCCGCCCGCGUCCCGUCGGGGCUCCCCAGGAGGGGGCGCAUGCGCAGCCGCCUCCCCGUGCUUAGCAUGGACACAUGGACGCUUGGCCGGACCUGAGCUCAGGAUGAGAGAGUGGUGGAUCCAGGUGGGCCUGCUGACUAUCCCUCUCCUCGCCGUUUACCUGCACAUCCCUCCCCCGAAGCUCUCCCCGGCCCUCCAGGCAUGGAAGUCUUCAGGGACUUUCUUCAUUUAUGAAGGGCUAAGCAUCUUCUACCAAGACUCCCAGGGUGCAUUGGGCAGCUCGGAGAUUGUGGUGCUCUUACACGGCUUCCCCACCUCCAGCUAUGACUGGUGCAAGAUCUGGGAAGGCCUGACCCAGAGAUUCCAGCGUGUGAUUGCUCUGGAUUUCUUAGGCUUCGGCUUCAGCGACAAACCCCGCUCCCACCGUUACUCCAUCUUUGAGCAAGCCAGCAUCGUGGAGGGGCUGCUGGAGCACCUGGGGGUCCGAGGCCAGAGGAUCCACCUGCUGGCCCACGACUACGGGGACACCGUCGCUCAGGAGCUGCUUUACAGGUACGAACACAAUCAGACAGGGCGGGUCCUCAUCAGCAGCCUCUGCUUGUCCAAUGGAGGGAUCUUUCCCGAGACCACCCAUCCCCGCUUCCUGCAGAAGGUGCUCCAAGAUGGAGGCCCGCUCUCUCCCAUCCUCAACCGCCUGAUGAACUUUUUCCUCUUCUCCCGAGGCAUCAGCGAGGUCUUCGGGCCGUACACCCAGCCCUCGGAGGCCGAGUUAUGGGACAUGUGGACCGGCAUCCGUGCCGAAGACGGGAACCUGGUGGCGGGCAGUCUCUUACAGUACAUCAACCAGAGGAAGCAGCAGAGAGACCGCUGGGUGGGGGCUCUCACCUCCACAGCCAUCCCCCUUCAUAUCAUCUAUGGACCCCUGGACCCCGUGAAUCCCCAUCCCGAAUUCAUCAAUCUCUACAGGAAAUUGCUGCCCCAGUCAACCGUGUCCAUCCUGGAUGACCACAUCAGCCACUACCCGCAGCUAGAGGAUCCCAUGGGCUUCCUGAGGGCAUACUUGAGUUUCAUCAACGCUUUCUGAGGGGUAGGGUGACAGCUGAGUUCCACCACUUCCCUCUCUCCACCACGGUCUCGGUUUCUUACUGUCCCCUUUCAGGCGGGGGUAGUAAUUAAUCCACAAGGAGCUCUGAAAAGUAGUACCGAAUCUACUAUUUCAAUCCAUAUCCUAGUUUUUUCCUAGUGCAUACUUGAGUGCCAGCUGAUCAAAGCAAUUGCUCACUUGAGCAAUCUUAGCCAGUCCUGAUACCAGCCCUCCGCCCCCAGCUACAGCGAGGUCGUCUCGGGUGUCCUCCCACGAGUCUAACCAAGCUGCCGAAUUCUUCUGGAAGGUAGUAGAAGGGACUAUUCGUAACCUACAAUCUUGCAAUAAGGAAGGGGGGUUGAUUGUAAUGAAAUUCACCUGUUUGCAAACAAGUAGCAUUACCUCAAUCUUCAUCCCUUUUUUCUCAAUUUGAAUUCUAUACCGCUUCAUCAUUUUUAUCAAAUAAGCAGGCCCUAGUUUUAUGCUGCACCCGUCAGGGCAUCUUAUGAUGGCCGGGCUAUUGUUUGCAGACGGGGUGAAAUGCUCUAAGGUCUGGUUGGUGGGGUGGAGAGGGCCCCCGUGCACCUUAGUCUCCCCACCCUCCUGCUGGUGCUCUUGCUGGCCCCGGGCUAAGUGGGGGGCAGGGGGUAGAAGACAAGCCUGGACUCAGAAUGGCCCUUAAACAGAUGACUUUUUUCCCCAAGUGCUAGUGUUCACUUGAACCCAAGGAUCUUUACCUUGACAGAGGAGGGCUUCAGCCCUCACCUACAGCCCAUCUGCUACAGAUGGAGAAACUAAAUGCAGACACAGAUGAUGCAGGGUUUGUACCUGAGGGCUACCUCUGAAUUCAGAGGUAUUUGAAUCCAGCUCCUGGGGUAUUUGCUUCCUGUGGGUGAAAAGAAUAGAUUCUUUUUUUCCCCCUAGGGCUGUUUUACUCCUCCCACUCUGCCUUGUCUCAAGAGCACUGCCGUGGGGCUAAAAUUCUUCUUGGGUGCAGCAGGGUAAACUUGUUUGGGGCACAGUUGCAUUGCUGAGAGAAAGAGGAACUAUAAGUGGUUCUUAAAAAGUCUAUUUUUAUUUAGCAACUUCCUGUAUAACAAACUUCAAAACUUGAAAUGGGAAUAACUGUCAUUUUCUAUUAAUAAAAAUUAUUUUGGACAAAUA